CAGUAAUUGCCAAUAUAACCGGUCGGACCCAUGGUGAAGAGAAAGAAGACAUCGCCUACUACCGAAGAGCACGAAAAUGGCAUGACACCGGGCUCCAGGGAGGGGAUCGGUGUCGAUGGGAGGAGGAAUCCGUCCAGAAAGCCCGAAGGUUGCGACGAGGAGGAGAGCGGAGAGCAGGCGAGCGAGGAGCGCAGUACAAAGGGAGACGACGGAGUGGAAAUUCUUAAUCCAUCAGCCGCGGGUCUCAGCCCCGGUUCAGCCCCGGUCCUCCCCGCGUCUCCGCCGAACCGAACCGGGCUAGGCUCGACCCAACAGCCCCACACCUCAGCGGAGCCCGCCCCUCCGUGUCACGACCAGCAUCAUUUUCUCCGAUCCAGCGUUCGACCUCCGAGCAAACGGAUACGGAAGGAUUCAAUCGGCUCGACCAUCAAUGGACAUGGCGGGGCAAAAUCGAAAGGGGCAGAGAAUGGCUCUUCUUCCCAAGGGGCAGUGGGACAGUCGGGGCCGGUGGCAGGCUCCACUGGGGCAGUGUCCAAGGCCUCCAAGGGCCAAGGGUCUGCUGAGAAGGAGGAACAAGCUGGUAACCAGAAGAGAGCCCGUCGGCAGUGGGAGUCUUGGAGCGCAGAGGACAAAAACAGCUUUUUUGAGGGGCUCUACGAGCAUGGGAAGGAUUUCGAGGCUAUCCAGAACAACAUUGCAAUGAAGUACAAGAAAAGAGGCAAGCCGGCCAACAUGGUGAAGAACAAGGAGCAGGUCCGCCACUUCUACUACCGCACCUGGCACAAGAUCUCCAAACACAUUGACUUUGCCAAUGCGUACUCCCGAGUGCUGAAGAAAUCUUCUCAAGAGCUGUAUGGUCUUAUCUGCUAUGCAGAGCUCCGCAAAAAAGUUGGAGGAUUAAUGGAUGACAAGAACGUGGCAAAGCUGAACGAACUCAUCCAGCAAGGGGCCACCACUGUGCGCUCUAAAGGGAGGAACCUACGGAUCAAAGCCCCCAUGUGCCGUGCGCUGAAGAAACUGUGUGAUCCAGAUGGAGUGAGUGACGAAGAGGACCAGAAACCAGUGCGUCUACCCCUGAAGGUUGCAAUGGAGCUCCAGCCACGCAGUAACCACUCCUGGGCCCGCGUUCAGAGCCUAGCCCACAACCCUCGCCUCAGGAUGGUGGUGGAGCUCCACAGGAAAGUCUCCAGCCUCAUCGAGUAUCUGAAACAGAAGUGGGCAUACCACGACCAGCGGAUUCUUAAGAGUCUCAUGGAGAGGGAGGCGCUCGAGGGCAGCCAGUGCAGCACAGCCUCUCCCAGCAAACCUCGGCAAGAGGAGCUCUUUCUUUUUCCAGCUGAGAGCAGCACGUUGACCACGCUGCCUGGUGUGGCACGUGUAGUUCACUCCAAGGCCUCCUGCACUGUACACUGGUUAGAGAGUGGCAAGAACCGACCUAAUGCCAAGGAACUGCCAGCUGCCCAGAUCCUAGGCAUUCACACAGCUCCGUUACCUCGAACUGGCAGCAAAUCUGCACGCGGCAACACUGCUGUCACUGGUGCUUCAGCGGCUGUUUUGGGUGAUACUCGUCGGACUGAACCCCCUAACCUUGAACAAUCGCCAGAUAGUUCUACAAAGGUAGAGGAGAAGAGACCUCAGUCUCUUUCUGUCUCUGUUUCCUCUCAGCAGACUGUAGCCCUCAGAGAGGAGGGAAAUGGGACGGUAUCUUCUGAGGCAAGCAAGACCUGUCCUGUCGUUGAGACCACUGUUGGCUUAGCAGCGACCAAAAACACGGACAAGUUGUGUGGUGGUGUAGAGAGCUCAUCAGAGCAGUGCAAAGAAGAGCAAAACACCAGCACCUCUUCCCCAGAGGCAAACCAGACUCCUACAGCCAAACCUCUAGUGACUGGCUCAGAGGAGGGCGUGUUGCAAGGCUCUGCACCAGCAGCCAAAGAACGGACUGUUGAGCAGAUCAGAGAGGAGGGCUGGAGUGCUCGUGACGCAGAGAAUGUCACCCUGGCUGAGCUCUACCUAAUGUUUGGGAAGCCAGGAAAGCUGCAGCUGGAAUAUGAGUGGCUGCCAGCUGCGGUUUCUCCCAGCAACCAAGAAAAUGGACAAGCCUUAGUACAGCCAAAGCCCAACAAGACGAACCGAGUUCUGCGCUGCCUGCUCAAGCUGGUUGCAACUGAGGUCAAUCCUAAACCUUUGGCUCCAGAGCUCUGCUCCACAGCCACAUCACCACUUAAGACCCAUCAAGAAGAGCAGAACCAGGCUGUCACACCUCCAGGGAAGGGUCCUGUAGCAGGUGUUCGCAGCCCCAGCUGUGGCCGGCAGCAGGCUUCUGUCCGAGUGGCCAGAUUACACCUGCCAACUGUUGGAGCUUCAGGUGGGCGCAACCUUCCCCGCUCUCUGUUGGGCUCAACUGCGGGCAGCGAUGCAGAAGGCGGUGUGUUCGCAGUACCCACCACUCUGCCCCCCAACAGCUCGCGCCACAACAGAAUGUUCUCCCCCAACAAGGAGGCUGAGCUUGCCUUCAGACAGCAGCUCGACUCCAUCAGUAUGCAGUCAGAUCUUUUCCUUUCUAGACAAAGAAAGCCUCGCAACAGACAGCUUCGGAAACCACUUGUAGUUCAGCGAACACUGCUACCCAGAACUACAGGAGACACUCCUCAGCAUGUCUGCUCCUUCUCCAUCCUCUCCAAUUCCUCUGCCACAGGAACUGGAUCUUUCCGGCCAAUCCAGACUCGACUGGCUCCUUCCUCCCGCCCUCUUCUGUCCAAAACUUCCUCUGCAGCAUCCAGCUCUGCAGUGACCAGCCAGCUCUCCAGUGCCAUUGACCUGGCAGCCAAGUCUGCAGGCAUCAUCCCCGGCAGUCCCUGCCGGGAGCUCGAUUCUCCCAGUGUUGAUAACAGCACUCUGCUCACCGCCACACCCAUUGUUGAUGCUGAACCAGACGCCCAACUCAUCCAGGAAAAUGUCCCAGAGAAUGGUCUGCCUCCCCCGUCUCCUGGAGCGACUGGUGGUGGAGACUCACUCCUCGCUCCGCCCAGCGUUGUCUCGCUCCUUGACAUCUCUCUCCCAGGCCCCCCUGAAGAGGCUCUUGCCCCCGGAGAACCUCAAACACACAUCAGUGACUCCAUCAUCGAGCUUGCCAUCAACUCUACCCACUAUGGUGAGGAGGCGGCUCUCUCUCCAGCCAAGCUAGGCAACAGUGACGGCUCCAAACUGUUGACCUCGUCUCCCUCCGUCAGCCCCUCCAGAGGCUGGAUCCCAUCGCCCAGCCAUGACCCCCAGUGGUACCCCAGCGACUCAUCGGACUCCACACUGGGAUGCCUCCUUUCCAGCAUGGUGUCUCCUGAUAAGGGCAGGCGGACCACCCUAACCCCCUCUGGCCCCUCCAGCGGCACAGCUUUGCUUGGUCCAAGCCUCCUGGACUGCAAUUCUCACGAUUCCUUUCAAUCCCGUGGCCUUCCUGACGUGGCAGAAAUGGACUCUCAGCUUGCGUGUAUGAUGAGCGAGAGCAGCGUGGACUACAUCGCUCGCUUCAAUGACCUGGCUCAGGAGCUGGCUGUGACCGAGCCCUCCAUCCCGCCUCCCUGAGGAAGAGAGCAACUGGCUCCACCAAGCCGCCGCCAUCUGGAGGACAAGAGUCGUCGAGUGAGCGGAGAUAUGAGAGCUUUCUCCUCUUUGUCUUUCCGUCUACCUUGGAGGGAAGACGACUGCGGGGGAUGACCCUCAAAGCCAUCCCUGCCCCGUUUGUAAAAGUGCAAUAAUAACAGUGAACCUUGACCAUCGUUCAAAGCGGGUUUGAAACGCGAUGGUUUCACUGAACUGAACUGAACUGAACUAAGGUAAAAUGCCCUUUAAAAACAAACACUUUAGAUAAAGAAAUGCGUUUACAAAACACAACCUCAUGUACAGGAAAAUACUAUGCCAUAUCUGAACAAAAUAUUUUCACCAAUCUUUUAUGUCUGUUCCUGCUCUUUGUGUGUAUGAGUGUGUGUGAGUGAGUGUGGGUGUGGGUGUGUGUGUCUUCUACGCUCUCAGAUUGACCCCCAAAAUGUGUAAAUCCACCAAAAUGUGCAGUUCAGAUCCCUGCUGGAGUGUGAUUUUGAAAGUAAUGGCAGUGAGAAAGAGGCUGAAUAUGGUGAGAAUAUUUGCCAUAGUUAUGUUGCAAAAGUGGAGCACAACACAGUAGGGCAGGUAGAAAAUACAAUCUUUCCUGCUGCCCUCCAUUUCAUGUGCUCUUUCUCUCUUAUCAGUUCAGGUUUUAUUGGUUGUAUUUUAGCCAUGCGUGUUUGGAAUCAUUUCUUACAGCCACAUGCAUAAUGGCAGCUCAAUGGUUGACUCCACUUGGCAGUAAUUCUACAGAUGUGAUUCUCUGCAGUUACUACUUUUUGAAUUUUGUGCUGAAAUCACAUGGGAUUUUGCCAGUUGUGUGAAAUUUUCACCACUUUUAAGGGAUGGUAGCAAGUGAGAUGGCCUUGUAAGCUGGUAUUUAUGUAUUUUUCAGUUGCUGAUUCUUAACUUUAGGUUGAUGGUACACCCAAACAUGAUGAUUUUUAGUCUAAUCUUGAAUAACCCUGUCACAGCAGGUGGCAGCUCUUUGACUGUUUUUUCCACUUACAGUGAAAAAUGAUGACAUUGCUCUUUUACCUUAGCGCUCUUGCUUUUAUCUUGCAGUCCUUAAAGAGUUCAAAUAAAGGAGCUGGGUUUUCUUUUUUUUUUAAUGACAGACUGAAAAUGUUUUGGGGUACCUUUUAACGUUACCAGUAGUGUUACACUCCAUUUAAACUCUGUAAGAACGAACAGUCAGAUGUGUGUAAUUAAAUCAAACACUAAAGCCAUAGUUGACUUAUUUUUUAAGUGUUGCGUUGAUUCUUUAAUCACAUCCCAAAACAUUAUUUGACUGGUACUGGAUACUAACAAAACACUAUGGCUAAUGUCAGCAUGACUGGCUCUAAAUACCCUUUAACACCAGCUCACUCUUUGUGUUGCGGUCAAAAGGUGAACAGAAGCGUUUUUGCCUACUAUAUCCAUGCAGCUUCACCUUUUAACGUACUGUUAUUAACAGGGAUUACACACAUGUGAAGUCCAGACUGAAUUGCGUUCAGAUUCAUUUUUAUUAACCAGCAUCAUCAAUAUGCAGUAUUGUGAACAUCUUCUCAUCAACAUGUUUGAUUGGAUCUCUGAGUGUAAAUUGUAGGAGAGCUCUUGUCAUUCCACAGAUCUGAAACAUUGGUUUUCUUCGAGCACCUUGGGGGGGGCUUUGACUUUAAAACGACAAGCUCUUGUGAUGUUUAUUCGUUUGUGAAGGACAUCUGGAAAAUCUUCAUGUUGUCACCCUAGAUGAUUCUUAACAUGGAAUAAACGGCAGGUUUUGUUUUUUAAUCUGGCAAGUUUGUUUUUGCUGUUGAAGGAUUUUGUUUGUACAAAUGGCAAUUCCAGUAUUCACUGCGCUUUUGUAACAUAAUGUAAAUUGUUGUUUGGACUAUUUAUUGUUAACAUUUCUGAGAAAAAAAAUGUUUUCUGUUUAACUUAAUAUUAAGGUGGCAUCUAAAAAGGAAAAAAACCUGUUUUAAGUUUUCAGUUUGUAAAAGGUGUUUUUAUUCUGUGUUUAAAGAUAGUUAUAAAAACUG